CAAAGACUUGGUGUCUGGUCCUUAACUGUCUGGCACAGGGAACAUGAUGGCUGCACUACAGGCGGCUCUGAAGAACCCUCCUAUCAACACAAAGAACCAGGCAGUGAAGGAUCGUGCAGAAAGUAUUGUCCUGAAGGUCCUCAUCUCUUUCAAAGCCAACGAUAUCGAGAAGGCGGUGCAGUCGCUGGACAAGAACGGUGUUGACCUGCUAAUGAAGUACAUCUACAAAGGCUUUGAGAGCCCCUCUGACAACAGCAGUGCUGUGCUGCUGCAGUGGCACGAGAAGGCCCUGGCUGCUGGAGGAGUGGGGUCCAUUGUCCGCGUUUUGACUGCCAGGAAAACGGUUUAAAUCCAGCAGCGAGUGGUUAUCUGCCAUCCACAGCGUGGGAAAUGCUGGUACAAACCCCAACCAAACGCCAUUGCUGCCCUGUAGGCAGCGCCUGUCUCUCAGCUUGCCUUCUCGCUGCUUCUUUCAUACCUGACAAAUAAUGCAUAUCGUGAUUUCUUUUUUUGUUCAAUUCUGGAAAAUUAUGAAGGUGCAAUUUUAUUUCUAACAGGAAUAUUUGGUACUCGCGAACAUUUCAGUGACACGUAUAGCAACAUAUACAACUUGAUGUUUAGGGUGAUUUGCAUUUGUGUACAAUUGUGGCAGAUUUGGACCUGACUUUCCGAGCAAAUGCUGAGGGACGUAGGGCAAUGUCUUAAUUCUUUUCACUAGCCAAGCAGUAUUUCAAUGCAAGAUCUAUAUUUGAGAAGUGGGGCAGCUAUUAAUACAGGUAACUGGACCAUGUUUCCUUUGGUCAACCUCUGAAUCUACAGCCGUGAAUAGGACAGAAAGCAAAGGCUCCCUUCCAACCCUGAUUAUCAUUCCAGAGAGCCGAGCAUUUUCCUUAACUUCACAUCUCGCGGCCUGUUCCGGUUCCUCCUCAUCAGUCAAACGCUGGGUCCGCAGCGGGAAAGUCACAAUGGGAUGAAGUUGUC